AAAUACUCCGUCUUCGCUGGCUUCUCUUCUUCAACGCAAUCUCUGAUUUUCGUUCAUCUCUUGCUCCAAUAGAUCUCAUUUCUCCCUUCACCAAUUUUGAUUUUUUGCUUUUUGUUCCAUCCGAAGCUUUGUAAUCCUUUGAUUCUGUAUCCGAUUUCGUUCAGCCUCAGAUUCUUCCUUCUUUUUGGAGGGAAUUCAAAUUUAUCCGUCGUUGUUGAGAUUACAGAGGCGAUUCUUCCAUCCAGAGGUUUAUUUUCUUGUAAUUCUGUUUAUGUUCGCCAUGAGCGAUGUUGAGUUUUCGGGGUUGAUUCUUGAGUAAUAUGGAAUUGGCUGUUGCACGGAUUGAAAAUGAAUCUUUACAUUCGUCGGGAAACUUCGAAGCUUUUGAAGAGAGUCUCCGCAGAAACCACCACGGAGAUCAUCCUUCUCGGAGAGAAUUGGAAAUAUCUUCUCGGGGGACUCGUUUGUCAGUACAUACAUGGUCUAGCUGCUAGAGGAGUUCAUUAUAUACAUAGGCCUGGACCUGUACUUCAGGAUGUUGGCUUCUAUCUUCUUCCGGAGCUCGGACCCGACAAAGCUUAUCUCAGUGAAACUUUGUUUUCUUUCGUCUUUUUAUCCUUUUUCUUGUGGACUUUCCAUCCUUUCAUUCUCAAAACUAAAAAGAUCUACACAGUUCUGUUAUGGUGUAGGGUUCUAGCAUUUUUAGUUGCUUCUCAAAUUCUCCGAAUUCUUACAUUCUACUCGACCCAACUUCCAGGUCCAAACUACCAUUGCCGUGAGGGUUCAAAACUUGCCACGUUACCUCCCCCCAAAAGUAUCCUUGAAGUUUUCUUGAUAUUUCCGAGGGGUGUAUUGUAUGGUUGUGGAGACUUAAUUUUCUCAUCACACAUGAUCUUUACUCUUGUUUUUGUGCGCUCAUAUCAGAUAUAUGGUACUCAGAGGUUCAUAAAGCAGUUGGCCUGGUUGCUGGCUAUAGUUCAGAGCAUCUUAAUUGUAGCCUCACGGAAACAUUACACGGUUGAUGUGGUAGUAGCAUGGUAUACGGUGAACCUAGUUGUAUUCUUUGUCGAUAAGAAAUUGCCAGAACUGCCCGAUCGAACCAAUGUCGGUGUAUCUACAUUGUUACCAUUGAGCACGAAAGAUACCAAGACAAAAGACGAGAACCAUAAGCUCAUCAAUGGGAACCCCGGGGACUCUGCAGAUAGGAGGUCGAGAACUCAAGUAAAUGGCAAGAUUCUUGAAGAGGGAAAUGCGGUUCAAAUCAAUGCCUCUAUGAAUGGUGGUGCAUAGAGCAACAGUAAGUUUUUCAAAUGGGCCUGGAAAAGAGAUUUAUAUGAAACUGCUCAAUCUUAGAUUUAGGAGGGUUGAAUGAAUCUGGUUUGGAAUCUGUAUCUGGGAUUGUUGAUUUGAGUUAGUAGUUUUAACUCACAUUUGACCCCCACAAAAAAGAAAAAAGAGAAAGAAAGAGGAGUAAUUGAGUUAUGCUUCUUUGAAAAAA